AUGUCUUCAUCUUCCCCUUGCAGGCUCCUUCGCUCCUCCACCUGUUUCUCUGUCACAGCUGACUCUGACUGUGGGGAACGUUAGGAGGUGGUGGCGAGUGUCUCGCGAAAGUUUCAACAAGAGUUUUCUAACCGGGAUCUGGAAAUUUGCCUGUCUUCGGCUCACACACGCACAAGCGUUCUACUUUCUCGAGACUCGUUUGAUAAUCUAACGCACACAUAUGCAUACGUAGAUACGACGUGCUCCUUUUGAGCUGCGUGCCUACGGCGACGCUAAACUAGGAAGAUCAAAGUCGUCGGCGCAUUCCAUGUGUGUGGACGGCAAGACAGCCAGAAGAACAAGGACAUCGGCACAUUGUGCUGCAUACGGUCGCGUACAAUGCUGUACAAUCACAAAGACGGACCUGGGAAUAACCUUUCGCAGAUGUCACUUGGUGGUUCUCCUGUGACCCUCGUCCACCUGCCAGGGGGCCAGCUACAGGUUCAAGGAGUGAUCCAGUCUCCACAGUCCUCGGUCAUUCAGGCCCCACAGACGCAGACUUCACAGGGUUCAGAUAGUGAGGAUUCACAGGAUUCGUCAGAAAGUGGAACCACACCGCAAAAGACCAGAGAGCUUCUGGCCAGGCGACCGUCAUACAGAAAAAUCCUAAAUGAACUUUCAUCUGAGGGUGUCCCGCACAGUGAGGGGAAGGACAGCUCGACAACCACAGGAGUGACGGGUGUAACCAUACCUGCACCCAUCUAUCAGACAACCACCGGCCAGUACAUUACCGUAACUCCUAAUGGAACAAUCCAGCUGACAAAUCCAGGACCUGAUGGCAUUCAGGAACUGCAGGUUGCUAUGGCUAACCCAACUGGAGGGCAGCAGGGCACAACCAUCCUCCAGUAUGCUCAGACCCCCGACGGCCAGCAGAUAUUGGUACCAAGUAACCAGGUGGUCGUACAGGAUGCAGGGGGAGAAGUGCAAACGUACCAAAUUCGUACAACACCGACCUCGGGAUCGCUACCCCAGGCUUUAGUGAUGGCCUCUUCCCUGGGACUGUCUCAGAGCAAAAGUGAGGAUCCAACUAUGAAGAGGGAAAUUAGACUUGCAAAAAACAGGGAAGCAGCCCGGGAGUGUCGGCGGAAGAAAAAGGAAUAUGUCAAAUGCCUUGAGAAUCGAGUGGCAGUGCUUGAGAACCAAAACAAAACCCUGAUUGAGGAACUCAAAAGCUUAAAGGAACUUUAUUGUGUCAAAACAGGAUAAACUGUUGAAGUGCAGAGACUGUGUGUCAGUUGGAACAGCUCUCAGCUCUUUGGACGCAGUCAUGUUUCUGGGAACGCUUCAGGUUGAGAUCCACGAUCUUUUUACUCCGCUUGAUAUAACAAUGAUAUAUACAUAUAUCUAAACAAAAAGAAUUUGGACUUUUUUCCAGCUAUUUUUUUUAUUCACUAAUGCUAUAACAUUUAUAGUUGUGUAUAUUUUAAACUGGGAGGUUUGAAAUUAUAAGCUUUUGCUUUUUCACUCUCGAGUUUUAAAUGUUGUGAUUUUAAAAAAUGUUGUUGGGUGUUUUUUAGGUCUACCAACAGCAUUUACAGAAUUGACUGUAUUCGUUCUAUGUGAACAUGUUUGCUUAACGGAAAUUUCUCUUAUUCCCACUAAGGAAAUGUAAAUAUUCCUUCCUUAUUUUUGUGCAAUGGGAUAUAAAGGGUAACAGAAAUAUUGUGUGAUUGUUCAUUGGCCAUUACUGUUUUAGACAAUCUGGACAAAAAUUUUGCACAGUGUUUGAGUAACAAUUUAUUUCUUCAUGAUAAGGAUGGGGCUGUGGAACAGUGUUUGAAAUGUUGCUCAUUCUGUCAGUAAAUAAUAUAUAUUUUCA